GCCGUGUCCGACGAUGAGCAACCUUGCCGGACGUCUCGUCUCCGCGUCCCGACUCGUCUCCGCUCCUGCGCGGCCUCCUAUCGCACACUCUCUAGCAUGCAGAUGGAUAUCUGCUCGUCAUAACUCUUCCGACGCUGGCCCCUCAAAACGGGACCAAGAUGCUAUAAUCAGAGAGUAUUUGCAGAAUCUCGACUUGGCCUCAGUCAAGGAGAUCAACGCAGGCGGGCCCAACCUUAUGGAGCCAGAUAUCCUCAUGGACCUGCACGAAUCUGAGACGUUCCCUCCUAGCAAAUACUCGCGAUUCGAGAAUAAAGUCGUCAUUCGGAACAACCCCUCCAUGUUCGUCGCAGCGCGCGAGCAGGCCGCAAAAGAGCGAGGAGAGGACCUUAACCUCGCUGAGAAGCAGCCGGGCCCACCGCGUACCGACAGCCCGCUAGCGCUUCUCCACCUUUCGCCGGGCGAGAUCAAUCGUCUGUACCGCUACGCCGUCCUGCGGCGGCGCGUCGUGCAGCAGACGGGCAAGGGCAGGAUACCUCAGCAGCAUGUCGUCAUGGUCGUCGGGAACGAGGACGGCCUCGUCGGUAUCGGCGAGGGCAAGGCGAGCGAGGGCUCGCGCGCGACACAGACCGCGCUCGUCUCGGCUGUGCGCAACAUGGACUACGUUGAGCGCUUCGAGGAGCGUACCGUGUGGACGGAGAUGGAGGUCAAGUUCGCGUCGACCAAGGUCAUUCUUCGACCACGUCCGGUCGGCUUCGGCCUGCAAUGCAACCCGAAUAUUUACCACAUUCUGAAGGCGGCGGGGAUCAAGGACAUCAGCGCGAAGGUGUGGGGGAGCCGCAAUCCGCUACAAGUGGUCAGGGCCAUGCAGAAGCUGCUUAUGCCUGGGUAUCUGCCGUUGGGGAUGGGCAAUGGGUUCGGUGGAAAGGGUCGCAGAAUGGACAAAGGCAUAGGGCUGAGGCCGCAAGACGAGAUCGAGCGAGAACGGGGGAGGAAAUUGGUAUCAUUACGGCUAUGAUGUGCAGGAAUUACUAUUGGCUUAGUUUCACUGUACAGCGGAGGGCAGUGCAACGUCCCCGUGGUUUACAGUGCCUCCCAUUCAUAGGAGUCUCG